GGAGCAUCGUAAGGAGAUGCAGUCUCAUAGUAGUCGAUGAUUAACGAUUGGUUCAUGCGCCAUUUGUUCCCUCAGGAUACUGGAGCUAAUCAGAGUUAAAAUUAUAAUUUACAGUGAAUGGUUAAAAUUGAAAAAAGAAUUAGAUUUAAGGUUUUCAUCAUGAAUGAACAUCAACUAAAAUAUCAAAACUCAAUUUAACCAAAAUGAAUGACUGAAUUUCGCGCUGCAAAAUACAUGACCUUCUAACUUAAAUCUGAUUGGUUCAUUUAUAAAUUAUAGUCUCGCCAAUUUAUUUAACUAAAUUUUGAUUAGUUAAUAAUAUAAGACAAAUUAGUUAUUGUAACUCGAAAAAACCUUUUCAUUGAUGUACAUAAAACGGUAAUGAUUUUUCCAACAAAAAAAACACAAAAAAGCAAAAAAAAGAGGAAAUUUAAGGAAAUUUAUACAUUUCUAAUAAACAAUGUAACAUUUAAACAAUAAUCUAUGCAUAGCAACUGAUUUAACACAAUUCAGGGAGGUGUUUAAUAAAUGGAAUUAAAAGGAAAAAAGAAAUGAAUUUUAUUAAUAAUAAUAAUAAUAAUAAUGAGUACAAUGUAUUGCGAUCCUCAUGUACAACUGCUAGUAAUGAAGACAAUGAUGGGAUUUAUUCAGAUGAAACAGAGAGUAUGAUUAAUCAUGCAAGAAGUUCACCAAUGAAUGAUAGUAUAGAUACAAUUGCAAAUACAAUUAGGAUAACACCAACACCACCACCAACAACAGGAACAGGAACAUCACCACCAUUGACAUCAAAAAGUAACACUGAUGAUGAUGAUGAUCAUAGUGAACGAGAUAUUAAUCAUAAUAAUGAUACUAAUUCACAUACAACUAUUGAUGAAGAUUUAAUGACUAGUUACGAAGCUUCAGUGGAUAUAGAAUAUAACAAUGACGAUUAUGAAUUACAUAAUGAGUUAAUUCAUAAAUCACCUAACUCGAUGAAAAAACCAGAGAAACAAGUAACAUUUCAAGAUAUUGUUGAAAUUUCAACAAUAUAUUCUAUUACAAAUGAAUCACAAGAGUCCAUAUCACAUCAUUAUGAAGAUGGUGAUGAUGAUGAUGAUGAUGAUGAUGAUGAUGAUGAUGAUGAUGAUGAUGAUGAUGAUGAUGAUGAUGAUGAUGAUGAUGAUGAUGAAGAUGAUUAUAACGACGACGACGACGAUGAUCUUGAUGAUGAAGAAGAAGAAAUGAAAAUGACAAAACAGAUUAGCAUGAAUAAAAGACUAAAAAAUCGAUUAAAAAAUGUGGUCAAUUCCAAUGAUCAUAAAGUUGGAUUAGUCAUAGCAACAGUUGAACAUAAAAAUAACAAAAAUAAUUCAGAUAAUAAUCAAAUUCUUUCAGAAAAAGAUUUAUUAAGUGUAAGUGAUAGAUUAUAGUUAAGUAUUUUGUUGUUGUUGUUGAAAUUAUACCAAUUCAUUACUGAUUAGUGACUGAUUGAAUGUUCAUCUGGUCUACUAUAUACUAAUUAGACAUGAUUAAUAGCCUUAGAGAUUAGAUUACUGCUAUAUCUAGAGAUUAGAAUCUUUAUCAGAAGGGGUUUUGUGGAGAUUGUAGCAAUUUCAAUGGUUAAGAUCAUGAGUCAGUUGAAGCUAGACCACCA